AUGAUAUCCGGGUUCGUGAAGAAUGGAAACUUAGAGAAUGAAAGAUUCUGUUUUGAUUCCAUGCCGGAGCACACGCAGGCAGCGUGGAACGCAAAGGCGACAGCAUAUACCAUUUCCGGGCAUCUGGAAGACGCUAAGGAAACGUUCGACGACAUGCCCGAUCGAGACCAAAUCUCCUACACGGCCAUGUUCCAAUCUUACGCGCAAAACGGAAACAUAGGCGAAGGGAUAUCGCUCGUCUACGCAAUGCCGCACAGAGACGUCAAGACCUGGAAUGCGAUAAUGGCAGCACUUGCCCAGAAGGGGUAUCUGGAUCGCGCGCGCCGGGUGUUCGACGCCAUGCCAGAAUCCAACGGAGUCUCGUGGAGCGCCAUAGUCUCCUGCUACGCGCAGACGGGCCGCGGGGAGUCAGGUGUCCGGAUGUUUGCGGCAAUGGCGGCAGAGGGAUUCCCCGCAGACCAGGUGGCUUGCCUGAGCGGGCUCGUCGCUCAAACCCACAUCGGCCGCGUCCCGCAGUGCUGCGCCUUCUUCCGCUCCAUGCAACAGGACUUCGGGGUGGCGCCGCUGGCGGAGCACUUGCAUGGUGGACUUGCUGGGAAAGGCCGGGCAUCCGCUGCUGGCGGCUCCAUGCAGACGUCGGGCGGGCCGGCGGCGCGGCCAGGAAUCUCUUCGCCGUGGACACUCGAGAUUCCGGAUCUCACGUGUUGCUGUCCAACAUGUGUGCUUAUCCAAGUCUACUGCCCGAUAUUUCCACGCCUUUAG